ACCUGGCACCUGUUAAGUUUUUCGAAUCAAAGUUUCGCUAAUCAAUCGUUUCUUUCGACACGGGUUUCGAUACGUACGUUUACGAAUCACUCGUGCGACCUAGCGAAUCGUUACACGUCAAUUUUCAUGGAAUUUUCACACGGUUGCGCGCAUCUAGUCAACACGUUUUUACGCGUUAUUAAACAAUUUUCGAUAUUUUUUAUAAUCGAACAGUUGUACAAGCGUAUAUAAGAAUAAGAUGGAUCUACUCGAAGAGCGCAGAAACCGCGACCUUUGGUAUUUUCACCUUCGUCGCGGCACUGAGCGUCGCGUCAAGGUUAAUUACCAGUAGACUGUUGGACAAUUGUAAAUUAUCGACGUUCGAAUCGAAUCUCCUUCCGCGAUGAAUAUCGAAACUCCCUACCGCAAAAUAGAAUUAAUUUCUGAUCGGUUUGCGUUCCGAUUUGCAUUCGUCGAAGAGGCUGUACGCGCGCCAAGGUUUAAUUAAAUAAUUAGAAAUGCUCGAUUGCGCAAUUGAGAGAAGCAUCGAUCGUUUAAAAAUACGGUCGAUUUCACAAUUAUAAGUUGCGAUUCGGUCCCGUGGAAUUACGCAGACUCUUCCUAGGAAAAGAUUUCACCUUAUACCGUAAAAAUUACGAGUUAUCUUGGUCGUCGAUUGUAUGCACUUGUAAUAUCGUUCCCCAGACGAACGUAGAUCGGUUGUAGUUUGGCUGGGUUCUAAUAAUAAUCGAUGCCUACGUGUCUCCAGGGUUCACCGCCGAUACGUGCGUUGUGUUUGCGAUCCGUUGUACCGGCCAUAAUUUCGCCGGCAGCUAACCAUUCGGAACUCGUCCUUUUUGCUGUCCCGCAGCCUGGCUUCUGUCCGGCGCGGCGCCGAUAGUACUUGGACUGAUCGUUGGGAGUCUAUUUGUGUUCCGACUUGGUUUUAAUACGCGCACCGUGAAACGCAACUGCCCCGCAACGUACUUUCACGACCGACCAAAUACGAGUAUGUCCUGUUAUCGGAAUCGAUCGAUCGGCUCCGUGUGCUCGAACGAUCGUAAAAUCGGCCCCUGGGCCUAUUUUUAAAUAUAUCCACGACAGCGGGAAAUGCGACUGUCAGUUAGUUUGUAGUUGUCUCUGUCAAAAGAUCUCUGUCCAACUUCGUUUCUACGAACGCUUUCGAGGUGAUUGCUCGUUUAAACGGUGCCAUUAAACGGACAUGUCAAUUUAACCCUUCCAAGCCCUAAUUUCUAUUAGAAUCGAAACGAAACUGGCUACACGUGGACUCUGGUUUAUGGUUUAUCGACGAGAUGACAAAAGUUGGUCGUUCGAGAAACGAGCAUCGAAUCCCGCGCCAGCGUUUUUCGUGAACCUUUAUUUCGAGAUAUGUCAACUUGUGGGAAAACGUAUGCCGAAAUAAUCGUUUUUCUUGUACGUAAUUGACGAAAUAGUCGCAAACAGCCGACGACGAUAGCGUUCAAAAUCGAGAAUAACAUCGAGAUGAACCUGCACGAUGAUUAGCGAAGUAAAAAAUUGAAAGAUCCAGCGUGUACCGAUUCAAUGGCACCAGCAUCGGUUUUUCGAUCGAUUUACCUUUUGGAGGAAUGCUGCUAAGUUUGUUCAGAUUGGCCAUGAUCGUUCCGCUACUAAUCAGCGCAGUUUCCAUCCAAGUCAACGACAACCAAUUAACUCUCGAUCCAUUGAAGAAGAGCGAAGCUGUGCAACGAGUACAGAAAAAUGCAAUUUUUUCAAAGGAAAACGCGAAAUCCACCAAUGAUCGUAACGAACACUUGGCUGUACGAAAACGACAACUGGACAAGGUUUAUGGACCUGGACGGUCCGGUGAACGUAAUUUAAUGGAAAGUAGGAUUCCUCGAUUGGCCGAUGGAUAUUUGGCACGAAAAAUGGCCAAAGAGGCUCUGAAAUCGCCAAGGAUGCAGGAAACCAUGCACAAGCUGACGCAUGGUCGAAAGCCACCUCAUAGGCAAGCAAAGCUUUACGCUUCCGUGAAGGUGCCAACAGUGCCGCGACGAAAGUCGUCGCUCGACGCGAAGAAACAUGGUAGCGAGACGAGACCCAAGGGGCGCAAAAAGAAGAAAAGGAAAAGGAAAAGGCAUCAUCGGCAACGGUACAGAAAUCAACACGCUGGAUGGCAAAGAAGGGGAUCUUCCAAGAGAACGUUGACCACCAGAAGCGACACUAAAAAUGAAAAUUUCAUUGCGAAACGUACCCAAGCCGUUAACGACGUUAAAUCACGGAACAAAGGACCGGUCGCGAAAUCAAACGUAAAAAUUACCGCCGUUGAAAUAGACGGGAACGAUUACAUCGAUCUUUCGACCACGUCCAACACCGAGUCUUCGAUAUCGUCGAUGAAAACGCGCCAACACGGGAAACCCAUGACGUUACGCGAUAGCGAAAAUAUGAUCGAACGUCUGAUGAGAACAACCACCAAGGACCCGUUAAAAAAAAAUAAUUCCGUCGACCAGGGGAUCGAAUACUCGGAUUAUUACAGCGAAGACGACGUUCUCCAAGAUAUCGCGGCGAACAAAAUUCCGAUCAGAGUCGCUGUCGACCAAAGGAAUCCUAACGAUCGGUUCACACGCCAGACUGUAAAUUCUACGUCCUUUUAUACCGACAACCAGAUCGAUAGCAACCUUCGGCCGUACUAUCAGGAUUACGAUGCUCCUAGCAAAGAUUUCAUUUACAACGACAAUUUCUACAAUUAUCCUACCGGCGAACAUUCAUCAGGAUCAGGAUUCGAUCGAAAUUCGAGACUCCUUGGAACGGCUGACGAGCUAACAUUUCCGGAUGAUCGAAGAGAACAUUUUUAUAUGCCACAUCCGUAUCCAGUCGUUGCUGAAGACGCUUCGGAACAACCGAACAAUGCCGAGGUUCGACAGUUUGUUAAUACGAAUCAAUUGAAUUACGCGAAUCGAUACGAGAAUCAAGUUGAACAUUUAAAUCCGAAGGAAAGCGUCGAACCAGAAACGGCGAACGUCAAUUUUCCGCAAAAUGGAAAUGUCAACGCGGAGGUACCAGAAUUUUCGAAUAAGUUUAGCGUUUCCAAGAUGCAGAAUUUCUCUAACGAUCGACUCGGCGGAGGAACCAAUCUGCAACGUCUGGUUAAUUACGACCAAAGUAUAACCAAUAGUCCUUUAGCAGGAAACACGAGAUUUUCGAGUAGCAAAGAAGAUAUCGAGGCUCGUCCACGAUCUAAUUUCGACGAUCUCGGGGAUCAAAGUUCCCUAGAAAACAAUAAUUUACCUUCCGUGAAUCUUCCUAACGCGAUGGACCAACCUUUAGGAAAGAUUCUAGAGUCGCUGGGAAUUAACGUGAACACGGAUACCAGCAACUCUGUUCCUUUCGCGAGUAGAGAGAACGCAAUAGAGAGAACGAAUAAUCGUCACUAUUUUCCUUCCGAUAGCCUCGAUCGACCAGUACAGCAUAUGUUGAGUCCAAGUUACCUUAAACAGGAAACCAGAAACGAAAAUACUAAUUUGGGAGAAGGCUAUUCCAGAAGACAGUUGACCGAUAAUGGAAUACCGAACGAUAACCUGGCACCGUUUAACGAACAAGAAAAGAUGAAAAGUCACAAUGUGAACAUUUCCAUCGCGAUGCACGACACCAAACAAGUUGCCAGCGAGUUACUCGAUACGAUCAUGGAGGAGCUGGAAGAGCUCAAGUUGGACCGUGCAAAGAACAACAAAAAGGAAGGGUCCUGGUCAACGACACAGGCCGGAAUGAAGCUGGACAUGAAGGUCGUGAAUCAUACUAUAAUCGCGACGGUCUCGGAGCCACCCUCUCCGCGGUUUCACGAGAGUCUGCUCAAUGGAACCUGGAACGUGACCGGUCACGCUCCGUUCAAACGUGGUUCACCCUUCACUCUGAUCGCUACCGAUAACCAUACAACCUCGAUAGCGGUGUUUGUCGGUGCGUGCAGAGUGUGUCAAGGCAUCGACACUAUAGCAGGUGUGUGGUCCGUCGCUCGACCGCCAAAAGAUUGUAGAGAUUUUCAGGUUGCCACGAGCGUGUUCAACGAUAUAUUUCGAAAAACGAGAUGGUCCAGCUUGAAGGAGAAGGAACAUUCGAACGGAACGGAAACCACUACACCAAAGAUCGAUAAAAAAAGAAGUUAGUGUAAACGCUUGG